UUCGGAUGACAUUUUCGUAAUUUCUUGUGCGACGAAAAGCCCUUUGGAUAUUGAAGGCUACAGAUCACGGAUUCGGCCUGAGGCUAUUCUCCAACGAUGAUUGAGGCCAUUAAGCACAGAUUUGUGCGGAUUUGUUCCGGUUCAAUUUUUGGCAGAUUCCAAAGGGGUAACAUCAUAGAUUUCGGGCGAUUUAUGCGGAAUGCCAUUUUCUUUCGAUUCUGGAGGUUACGGAUCACGGAAUUAGGCCGAGGCUAUUCUCCACCGAUAAUGAAGUCUAUUGAUCCUAUUCUCCACGGAUGAUAAUCCCGUUAAGCAUCGAUUUGGGCCAAUUUAUUUUCGGAAGGCAUUUUCGUAAUUUCUUGUGCGACGAAAGGGUAUUUUCUUUUGAUAUUGAAGGCUACAGAUCACGGAUUCGGCCUGAGGCUAUUCUCCAACGAUGAUUGAGUCCAUUAAGCACCGAUUUGGGCGGAUUUAUUCCGGGUCAAUUUUUGGCAGAUUCCAAAGGGGUACCAUCACAGAUUUCGGGCGAUUUAUCCGAAAUGCCAUUUUCUUUCGAUUCUGGAGGCUACAAAUCAAUGAAUCAGGCCGAGGCUAUUCUCCACCGAUAAUGAAGUCUAUUGAUCCUAUUCUCCACGAAUGAUAAGCCCGUUAAGCAUCGAUUUGGGCCAAUUUAUUUUCGGAUGGCAUUUUCGUAAUUUCUUGGGCGACGAAAGGGUAUUUUCUUUUGAUAUUGAAGACUACAGAUCACAGAUUCGGCCUGAGGCUAUUCUCCAACGAUGAUUGAGUCCAUUAAGCACCGAUUUGGGCGGAUUUAUUCCGGGUCAAUUUUUGGCAGAUUCCAAAGGGGUACCAUCACUGAUUUCAGGCGAUUUAUCCGAAAUUCCAUUUUCUUUCGAUUCUGGAGGCUACAGAUCACGGAAUCAGGCCGAGGCAAUUCUCCACCGAUAAUGAAGUCUAUUUAUCCUAUUCUCCACGGAUGAUAAGCCCGUUAAGCAUCGAUUUGGGCCAAUUUAUUUUCGGAUGGCAUUUUCGUAAUUUCUUUGGCGAAGAAAGGCCAUUUUCUUUGGAUAUUGAAGGCUACAGAUAACGGAUUCGGCCUGAGGCUAUUCUCCAACGAUGAUUGAGUCCAUUAAGCACAGAUUUGGGCGGAUUUAUUCCAGGUCAAUUUUUGGCAGAUUCCAAAGGGGUACCAUCACAGAUUUCGGGCGAUUUAUGCAAAAUGCCAUUUUCUUUCGAUUCUGGAGGUUACAGAUCACGGAAUCAGGCCGAGGCUAUUCUCCACCGAUAAUGAAGUCUAUCGAUCCUAUUCUCCAUGGAUGAUAAGCCCGUUAAGCAUCGAUUUGGGCCAAUUUAUUUUCGGAAGGCAUUUUCGUAAUUUCUUGGGCGACGAAAGGCCAUUUUCUUUGGAUAUUGAAGGCUACAGAUCACAGAUUCGGCCUGAGGCUAUUCUCCAACGAUGAUUGAUUCCAUUAAGCACAGACUUGGGCGGAUUUAUUCCGGGUCAAUUUUUGGCAUAUUCCAAUGGGGUACCAAUACAGAUUUCGGGCGAUUUAUUCGAAAUGCCAUUUUCUUUUGAUUCUGGAGGCUACAGAUUACAGAAUCAGGCCGAGGCUAUUCUACACCAAUAAUGAAGUCUAUUGAUCCGAUUCUCCACGGAUGAUAAGACCGUUAAGCAUCGAUUUGGGCCAAUUUAUUUUCGGAUGGUAUUUUCGUAAUUUCUUGUGCGACGAAAGGGUAUUUUCUUUUGAUAUUGAAGGCUAUAGAUCAUAGAUUUGGCCUGAGGCUAUUCUCCAAUGAUGAUUGAGUCCAUUAAGCACCGAUUUUGGCGGAUUUAUUCCGGGUCAAUUUUUGGCAGAUUCCAAAGGGGUAGUAUCACAGAUUUCGGGCGAUUUAUCCGAAAUGCCAUUUUCUUUCGAUUUUGGAGGCUACAGAUCACGGAAUCAGGCCGAGGCUAUUCUCCACCGAUAAUGAAGUCAAUUGAUCCUAUUCUCCAUGGAUGAUAAGCCCGUUAAGCAUCGAUUUGGGCAAAUUUAUUUUCGGAUGGCAUUUUCGUAUUUUCUUGGGCAACGAAAGGCCAUUUUCUGUGGAUAUUGAAGGCUACAUAUCACGGAUUCGGCCUGAGGCUAUUCUCCAACGAUGAUUGUGUCCAUUAAGCACCGAUUUGGGCGGAUUUAUUCCGGGUCAAUUUUUGGCAGAUUCCAAAGGGGUACCAUCACAGAUUUCGGGCGAUUUAUCUGAAAUGCCAUUUUCUUUCGAUUCUGGAGGCUACAGAUCACGGAAUCAGGCCGAGGCUAUUCUCCACUGAUAAUGAAGUCUAUUGAUCCUUUUCUCCACGGAUGAUAAGCCCGUUAAGCAUCGAUUUGGGCCAAUUUAUUUUCGGAUGACAUUUUUGUAAUUUCUUGUGCGACGAAAGGCCAUUUUCUUUGGAUAUUGAAGGCCACAGAUCACGGAUUCGGCCUGAGGCUAUUCUCCAACGAUGAUUGAGUCCAUUAAGCACAGAUUUGGGCGGAUUUAUUCCGGGUCAAAUUUUGGCAGAUUCCAAAGGGGUACCAUCACAGAUUUCGGGCGAUUUAUCCGAAAUGUCAUUUUCUUUCGAUUCUGGAGGCUACAGAUCACGGAAUCAGGCCUGAGGCUAUUCUCCAACGAUGAUUGAGUCCAUUAAGCACAUAUUUGGGCGGAUUUAUUCCGGGUCAAUUUUUGGCAGAUUCCAAAGGGGUACCAUCACAGAUUUCGGGCGAUUUAUGUGAAAUGCUAUUUUCUUUUGAUUCUGGAGGCUACAGAUCACGGAAUCAGGCCGAGGCUAUUCUCCACUGAUAAUGAAGUCUAUUGAUCCUUUUCUCCACGGAUGAUAAGCCCAUUAAGCAUCGAUUUGGGCCAAUUUAUUUUCGGAUGACAUUUUUGUAAUUUCUUGUGCGACGAAAGGCCAUUUUCUGUGGAUAUUGAAGGCCACAGAUCACGGAUUCGGCCAGAGGCUAUUCUCCAACGAUGAUUGAGUCCAUUAAGCACAGAUAUGAGCGGAUUUAUUCCGGGUCAAUUUUUGGCAGAUUCCAAAGGGGUACCAUCACAGAUUUCGGGCGAUUUAUCCGAAAUGCCAUUUUCUUUCGAUUCUGGAGGCUACACAUCACGGAAUCAGGCUGAGGCUAUUCUCCACUUAUAAUUAAGUCUAUUGAUGCUAUUCUCCAGGGAUGAUAAGCCCGUUAAGCAUCGAUUUGGGCCAAAAAAAUUUCGGAUGGCACUUUCGUAAUUUCUUGGGCGACGAAAGGCCAUUUUCUUUGGAUAUUGAAGGCUACAGAUCACAGAUUCGGCCUGAGGCUAUUCUCCAACGAUGAUUGAUUCCAUUAAGCACAGACUUGGGCGGAUUUAUUCCGGGUCAAUUUUUGGCAUAUUCCAAUGGGGUACCAAUACAGAUUUCGGGCGAUUUAUUCGAAAUGCCAUUUUCUUUCGAUUCUGGAGGCUACAGAUUACAGAAUCAGGCCGAGGCUAUUCUACACCAAUAAUGAAGUCUAUUGAUCCGAUUCUCCACGGAUGAUAAGACCGUUAAGCAUCGAUUUGGGCCAAUUUAUUUUCGGAUGGUAUUUUCGUAAUUUCUUUGGAUGACGAAAGGGUAUUUUCUUUUGAUAUUGAAGGCUACAGAUCACAGAUUUGGCCUGAGGCUAUUCUCCAAUGAUGAUUGAGUCCAUUAAGCACCGAUUUUGGCGGAUUUAUUCCGGGUCAAUUUUUGGCAGAUUCCAAAGGGGUACCAUCACAGAUUUCGGGCGAUUUAUCCAAAAUGCCAUUUUCUUUCGAUUCUGGAGGCUACAGAUCACGGAAUCAGGCCGAGGCUAUUCUCCACCGUUAAUGAAGUCAAUUGAUCCUA